AUGAAAGCAGUGAUAAGAGUUCCUUUUACUGCUCGAAACACAGCUGUCAUGCUUCUUACAAAUGCCGCACGCCGUCGGAAGACAAGGAGAGGUUUUGUGAAUAUCACGCAGUUUGUGGCCACCUCGGAUGCAGCAAAAGAAUAUCAGAAGAAGACGACUCUUUCCGUUUCUCAAAGGGAAACACAAAGCUGUGGCUUUGCUCAGAGCAUCGUUGCAAGACAGAUGGCUGCUACAAACAUCAACGCGACUCAAACACCAAACACUGUGAAGAUCACGCCAAGGAGAACAAAUGCGAGGUUUCGAACUGCUCUUCGGAUCGAAGUUCGAAAUACUACUGCGGCAAACACUCUUGCCAGCAUCCCCACUGCAUUCACAAGACAUUGGCCUCGGGUCGGAGUAAAGACAAAUGCCGUCACCAUCAGGCGUGCGCCUCGUCAGGGUGUACUAGACAUGUGGACUUGGAUUCCAACAACAAUCCGAAGAAGUUUUGCGCCUACCAUUACAAGUGUUCCAUCACAGAAUGUAGAAGUUCUUUCGUUGACUCCAAGGGUUUCAACUUCCAGAGGUGCCCUCGACAUACUUGUGGACUACAAGGCUGUAAUCGAGAAGCCCGAACCCGCGGUUCGAGAUCCCCUUUCUGUUUUGAUCACCGCUGUGUCAACGACGAUUGUCAGAAUCUAG